GUAUUAGGAAACAAAAAAUCUCAGUUAUUUCCAAGUCUUAAUGCUGAUAAUAUUUCCUAUCCACCAUGUGGUUUAUUCAAGAAAACCCUGUAGAGAAGAAGAAAACCCUGUAGAGGGUCUUGUUACAAAUUGUGUAGGUCUAAACUCAGUACAUAAAUACACAGAGAAGUGAUAAAGUAAUCACGGUCAAUCAUGCAGGACAGAGGAAACAGUAAUUUUAGACAAGCUGCUAAAUAUAUUGGCGUCGUAUAACGAACGGACGAUUUUACACCCCACGCAUGGUUUCAGUGGAGUCCGAUGGGCAUCCUAGGCGCGUUAGUCCGUACAAACAUUUAGUUAAUAGUCGUGAAGAGGCAGUUGCCUCCAGCUGCCUGGAGUCGGCGGUUCAGUUACGUUGUCGCUCUCAACGAGGAGAGUUGUUCGUUGUCACGGAGAACAUAUUCUACCGAACAACGAAUUUUUAUCCUGACGAUAGUGAAUGCGUAAAGAACCCCUUUCGAACGGUCGACCUUUGACCCUAAAGAGAGUCGAAGGAAAAGCCAAACUGCAGGCGCCGGUCGUCGAUCUCUGUCUUCCAACUUCUCUGCGAUUAUCUGGAUUAUCGUUAUCGGAACGCUUCUCCCCCAGACUGCGUAUAAGGUUUUAAACCCAUCAUGCUACCUCGAUUGGUAUCACCAAUAAUUCUGCUACUCGUAAUUAUAGGUACAUUAUCACAAGCUUGUGAUUUGGAUCAAAUGCAAUAUGGGUGUCGUAUUUAUAACGCGCAAUGCAGGUGCGGUUACGGAUGUUCCGCUGAAUACAGAUACAAUAAUAACGAAGACUGUAAAGAAGCGUUAAGAGGUAGGCGUGGAGAUAUAUGCUACAGGUCAAAACCUUGCAUGAACGGGGGAUCAUGCUUGCAAAUAUCUUCCGAACCUGGGUUUAAAUGUCGCUGCGAAGGUACUGGUUACUACGGAUCACAUUGUGAUAAACCUUGUCCGGGACCAAAUAAUAAUCAACGCUUUCGAGGACCAUUCCCUUAUGAGUGUGUUAUAAUUUGAUCUGCAAUGUUUUGCCUUCUCAUCUAUUCGAAAUCGAAUACAUUCAGUAUGUUAAGUACAAAAAAAAUAAACAUAUUUUGGGAAAAUUUACACAUCUUUGUACAUACAUAGUAGACAUAUUGUACAUAUAAUAAUCCUCUUGUUAGUAAAAAGAAGAAAUAAUUGUUGAUGUAUGUUGGCUGCUUAUGAUUUCGUUGCAGUAAUGGAAAUAAUAUUUAUUUAAAAAGAAAAGAAGAGAAAAAAAUGUUGAUACACUUUAUGUCUAAAAAUUCAUGGAAAAAAAAACGUUUAAUAGUUUCACUGUUUAUUUCAUCAAUAAUUUUACAAUAUGUAUGCACAUGAUGUGUUGGAUUCACGAAUUAUUUUCUGACA